GAAUCGACACCGUCUCAGGCGACGGUAGAAAUGACCGUAACGUCGCCGGCGAAGAUUAAAGAGUAUCCAGAACCAUUGGCUUCACAUGAAGUUGUCGUUAAAGAUUCUUCUGUCUUCUGGGAUACUCUCAGGCGAUUUCACUCAAUCAUGUCCACUAAGUUCAUGAUUCCUGUGAUUGGAGGAAAAGAACUGGAUUUGCAUGUUUUGUAUGUGGAAGUCACGAGGAGGGGAGGUUACGAAAAGGUAGUCGCAGAGAAAAAAUGGAGGGAAGUUGGAGGAGUGUUUAGAUUCUCUGCGACAACAACAAGUGCUUCGUUUGUCUUAAGGAAACAUUAUCUCAAUCUUCUCUUCCAUUACGAACAAGUUCAUCUCUUCACUGCUCGUGGUCCUCUUCUUCAUCCCACAGCUACAUUUCAUGCCAAUCCAUCAACGAGCAAAGAAAUGGCUCUCGUCGAAUAUACUCCUCCGAGUAUAAGAUAUAAUAAUACUCAUCCUCCUUCUCAAGGUUCGUCGAGUUUCACAGCCAUAGGUACAAUAGAAGGCAAAUUCGAUUGUGGUUAUCUGGUAAAAGUGAAGUUGGGCUCAGAAAUCCUUAACGGCGUGCUUUAUCACUCGGCCCAGCCAGGCCCAUCAUCAUCUCCAACCGCUGAUCUAAACGGUGCCGUUGUACCUUAUGUCGAACCUGGGAGAAGACGACGUCGUUUAGGUAAAAGACGAAGAAGCAGACGUAGAGAAGACCCAAAUUACCCGAAACCAAACCGGAGCGGUUACAAUUUCUUCUUUGCAGAGAAGCAUUGUAAGCUUAAGUCUCUUUAUCCCAACAAGGAAAGAGAGUUUACGAAAAUUAUCGGCGAAUCGUGGAGCAAUCUCUCUACCGAAGAACGAAUGGUUUAUCAGGAUAUUGGAUUGAAGGAUAAGGAGAGGUAUCAGAGGGAGCUGAAUGAGUACAGAGAAACGUUAAGGCUCAAGGAUGCUACCGUCACCAUCCCUUCUUUCACCGGCCUAAAGGUCGCCGUCAGCUCAAAACCCACGACGGUAUCCACCACCAUAAGAUCCUCCUCCGCCACCAGGACGGCACCUAAGCUCUCUGUGAAGUCCUCUUUGAAUGAUUUCGGCGUCAUCGCCGUGGCAACAGCAACUUCGAUUGUUUUAGCCGGAAAUGCAAUGGCCAUGGAGGUUCUUCUAGGAUCCGACGAUGGUUCUCUUGUUUUCGUACCAUCUGAAUUCACAGUGGCUAAAGGAGAGAAGAUCGUGUUCAAGAACAACGCAGGGUUCCCACACAAUGUUGUGUUCGACGAAGACGAGAUCCCUAGUGGUGUGGACGCGAGCAAGAUCUCGAUGGACGAGGCAGAGCUUCUUAAUGGUGCGGGAGACAGUUACGAGGUUACUCUGACAGAGCCUGGCUCUUACGGUUUCUAUUGUGCGCCGCACCAGGGUGCUGGUAUGGUCGGGAAACUCACCGUCAAGUAAAUUGUCUCGAGACUCUCUUGUUCGAGUACAAAGCUUAUUCAAAAUUUAUUUACAAAUCUAAUUUGGAAGAGAGUGUUGGAUAGUAAAAAAGGAUUAUAUAA